AAUCAAUUGGGCUCGGGGUCGAUUGGAGUUGAGAGGAGAAAAGUAUCGAGAAGGAAGUCUUCAAGAUUCUGGAGGGUUUGUAUUUGUAAGGAUGGCUUCGAAUCCUCAACUGUUUCCAAAUGGAGCGCCAGUUCCUUUCGUCAACGAGAUGCUAGUCUUGACCAGAGAAGGUGUAGAAUUUGAGGUUGACAAAAUCCCUAGUGCUCCUGGAGGUCAUGUUAAGGCGCAAGGAAUUAUAUACUUGUCAAAUAUAAGGAUAGUAUUUGUUGCAAAUGAACCAGUUGGGAGCCUCUUUGCCUUUGACAUGCCUUUGCUUUACAUCCAUGGUGAAAAAUUCAACCAACCAAUAUUCAUGUGCAACAAUAUAUCUGCACAUGUGGAACCAGUAGUUCCGGAAAAUCAGCACAGGGCACUCUACUCUACCCAUUCAUUUAAGAUAAGGUUCAAGGAAGGAGGCUGUGGGACCUUUAUCCCUUUGUUUUUUAACCUGAUUGCCACGGUUAGGCGGUUUAAUCCACAAUCUGUCCCAGGUGCAGACAGUCGUUCAGAUCCUUUGCAAGCAAGACAAACACCUGUUGAGGAAAUGAUGAAACACGCGUAUGUGGAUCCUAACGAUCCUACAAGAAUAUUCUUACAACAACCUAAUCAAGAAUCUCAGUUGAGGCGUCGCACAUACCAGUCGCAGCCUGCUGAGCACACUUCCAUAUAGACUCUACUAUAAUGGAUUGCCUUUCUUCUAGUAUUGGAUGGCUUUAUCCGAUAUUUGGAAUGGGACUUCUCAACUCUAGUAUUGGUCAAGUAUACAGUCUUUGGAGCAUGUUAAGUGUGAGUAUCCCUUAUUUUUGGAGAACUUAUUCAUGUAUAAAGAAAUUGUUAAUACCUCUUUGUAAACAAACCUAUGGUAUUAUUUUAGCAAUGAAAUUGUGUGUUUGA